CAGCUCCCUGAAUAGAUAAAAAGCUAAAUUUUUGCUCUCACUGUCAGAGGGGCUCAGCUUCACUCAUUACUAGGAACUCUUCCUUGGAAACAUCCCAACCAAGACAACCUCUCUGCUGUCCAAUAUGUCUCGUCAAUCUUAUGCCAGAAGCAUUGGAGGAGGCAGCAAGGGCUUCAGCUCCAGCUCUGCUUGCUUUGGAGGUGGAAACAGAGUCAGCUUCAACACCGCUUCCACAACCCGUGGAUGUUCUAUCCGUGGCGGCAGCGGAGGUGGCGGUUUUGGCAGCAGGAGCCUGUAUAAUCUAGGGGGGAACAAAAGAAUCUCUAUUGGUGGAUUUGGUGGUGGUGCUUGUGGCCGAGGAGGUGGAGGUUAUGGAGUUGGUGGUGGCUUUGGUGGAGGAUUUGGCGGUGGUAAUGGCUUUGGUGGAGGGUUUGGUGGUUGCUUUGAUGGCACCGGUGGCCCUGCAUUUCCCGUGUGCCCACCUGGAGGUAUCAAAGAGGUGACCAUCAAUCAGAGCCUCCUGCAACCCCUCAACCUGGAGAUAGACCCCGAAAUCCAAAAAGUGAGGGUUCACGAGAGGGAGCAAAUCAAAACCCUCAACAACAAAUUUGCCUCCUUUAUUGACAAGGUCCGUUUUCUAGAACAGCAGAAUAAAGUUCUGGAGACAAAAUGGAAACUCUUGCAAGAACAGGGUCACGGGACUGGUGUUGGUCACAGGAACCUUGAUCAGAUUUUUGAAGCUUAUAUCAACAACCUGAGGAAACAACAUGACUGUCUUCUGGGUGAGAGGAGAGGUCUGGAUUCAGAACUUAAGAACUUCCAGGACCUUGUGGAGGAUUAUAAGAACAAAUAUGAAGAAGAAAUUAAUGGGCGUACAACAGCAGAGAAUGAUUUUGUGCUCUUGAAAAAGGAUGUGGAUGUUGCUUAUAUGAACAAAGUGGAACUGCAGGCCAAACUGGAUGCUUUGGAAGAUGAAAUCAACUUCAUAAGAUGUCUGUAUGAAGCAGAACUCAGCCAGGUACAGCAGACCGUUUCCGACACCUCUGUUGUCCUUCAAAUGGACAACAACCGAAGCCUGGACUUGAACAGCAUCAUAGCCGAAGUCAAAACUCAGUAUGAAGAGAUUGCUCAGAAGAGCCGAUUAGAAGCAGAGUCUUGGUACCAAACCAAGUAUGAAGAGCUCCAGAUGAAUGCUGGGAAACAUGGUGACAGUCUGCGAGACACCAAGGCUGAGAUCUCUGAGCUCAACCGGACAAUUCAGAGGCUACGAGCUGAAAUCGAAAAUGUGAAGAAGCAGUGUGAAAAGCUGCAGACCUCCAUUACAGAAGCAGAAGAACGUGGUGAGCUGGCCAUCAAGGAUGCCAGGGACAAACUGGCCGAAAUGGAAGUAGCUCUGCAGAAGGCCAAGGAAGAGAUGACUCGUCUGUUGAAAGAAUACCAAGAACUGAUGAGCUGCAAGAUAUCCCUUGAUAUUGAGAUUGCCACCUACAGGAAACUGCUGGAAGGAGAGGAGAGCAGGAUGUCUGGAGAAUGCCAGAAUGCCGUGAGCAUCUCUGUUGUUGGUUCUAACGUUUCUACUGGUGGCUAUGGAGGCGGUUACGGAGGCGGCUAUGGAGGAGGAUGCUACGGGGGAUCUGGAGGCUUCAGCUCCAGCAGUGGAAGAGGCAUGUGCAGCAUAGGAGGAGGAGGAGGAGGAGUUUGCUCCCCAGGGGGAGGAUAUGUUUCUGGCGGUGGCACCAUUGUGAAGAAAACCACAACGUCAUCCACCACCCUCAGGUCUUCAAGCAAGUAACUGUAAGAAAUGGAAGCAAUCGCAAUAUAGCUCCUGGAUAGAAGAUGCAUUUUCUGCCAUCUGAUGCAGUGAUCCAAGUCACUCCUCCUGCUCUUCUUGGCACUUUUCAGAGAAAUGAUCUUCAUUUCUUAUGAGCACUGUGCUGAUUCUCCCAAAAUAACCUGUUGGCCUUGCAUUCUUUGUCUUUCAGUCAUUGUUGAUGCAUUUCAUGCCCUCAUGUACAGAUCAGGUCCCCAUUUGCGUUUGCACCCAUGGACAAUACUGUAUUCAGUUAACAGAUGUUGAACUGACUAAAGCUGCAUUUGCAUGAUCAAAAGCAAACAGCUGUGGGUAGUUCUACAGGGUGUUAUUUAGGACACUGUGCUGUCCUCCUGAACCAUUCUCACUUUGGGUACUUCCCAUGGGGCCACUAGGAGGAUCAUGCUUAUCCCAGAUUUAUCAAAUAAAGAGAUUGUUCUUCUCCCUAUGGUGAUUUGAGCUUUUCUGGGAAAGGAUGACUCUUAGAAGGACCAUGUGAAGAAACAGUUCUAGGAGUAGGGGCAUACAAUUCUCUUCACACUUAAACUGUAUUUCAUUUGCUGUUUGGUUCACAUUGUAAACGCCUUGGUCACUGAGACCAACAAUAACUCCCUGCGAACAUGGCCUUUUGCAUGCAAAUAAGUAUCCUACCUGGUACUCUUCUCCAACUACCAGUUUGCAGUUUUUCUGACCAGCAAUGGCUUUUCAAAGAAUAUGUAAGAUACCUGCAGUCCAAAUCUCACCUGUCGAAAUCAGCAGGACUGGCAAGUGCUUAAAUGUGGCUGGGUUGUGUUCCAAGCGUCCUCUUUUUGGAAUGACCUUUUCCUUGCUAAUGUUACUUUUGGUGGGGAUUUCUUUUCUCUGGUGUAUGACAAAGUGCGUCUCAUUAAACUCUAUGUG